AUGACCAAGCCUGUCACGUCCGCCGUUUCCGGCUUUCCCACGGCGCGACCCUGGUCUUUCAAGGCCCUAACGUCCUGCGCAGCUGCAUCGGAUGCGACAAAGCCCCUCCGCCUCGCCAUUGCACGCGCAUCAUGCGAUCGCCAGAGCACCUAUCAGGAAACCUCCACGCAGCAGCCUCAGCGACCCCACGGUCGGGCCCUGGCUCUGGCUGCCAGCACCACCCUGAGUCUGAUGCUGCUGAGCAGUGACCUGGGUUCCGGAGCCGCCGGGCUGCUGGGGCCCCCUGCGGCCCUCGCCGAGCCCCGCAAUGUGGACCCCAUGACCAUGCAGCUUCCCGAGGCACCACCCGACCUCACACCGGAGGAGGUUCGCGCCAUCCGCAUAUUCGCACGCAACACGCCCUCCGUUGUCAACAUCACCAACAUACAGCAGGUACCCGUGCAGAACGGCUACUGGUCCAUGGACGUGCAACGGAUACCCGCGGGCUUCGGAAGCGGUUUCGUGUGGGACGACAAGGGCCACGUUGUGACCAACUACCACGUCAUUCGGGGUGCCGACGAGGUGAAAGUGACGCUGCUGGAUCAGUCCACGUACAGCGCCCGAGUGGUGUGUGGCUGGCUGGCUGGCUGGCUGGCUGGGGUGGGCGGCGACGCGGACAAGGACGUGGCUGUGCUGCAGCUGCAGGGGCUCCCCUCGGAGAAGCUGCGGCACCUGCAGCCCGUGACCCUGGGCAGCUCCGCCGGGCUGCUGGUGGGGCAGAGGGUGUUCGCCAUCGGCAACCCGCUGGGGCUGGAACACACGUUAACCUCCGGUAUCGUGAGUGGCCUUAAUCGGGAGCUGAGCACCGGUACGGUCACUAUCAAGGGGCUGGUGCAGACGGACGCGGCGAUCAACCCGGGGAACAGCGGUGGUGUGCUGCUGGACAGCGCGGGCCGGGUGAUUGGCAUCAACACCGCCAUCGCCGACCCCAGUGGCAAGGGCGCCUCCUCAGGCCAGCCGGGGGUGCUGGUGCUGGAGGUACCCCGGGGCUCCCCCGCUGAGCAGGCGGGCCUGAAGGCCACCACUCGGGACCGCUUCAGUGGCUCCCUGGUGCUGGGGGACAUUAUCACCGGGAUAGACGGCCGACCUGUCAGGAACUACUCCGACCUGGUGGAUAUCUUGGAUGACAAGCGAGUGGGGGACACGGUCAAGGUGGACAUUUUACGAAGCCAAACGGACAACCUGUUCGCCAGCGGGGCUGCGCGGAGGCUGACCGUAACAGUGACACUGGGCGAGAGGGGCCACUUCAAUGUAACCGAGUGA